AACACAAACACAAACACAAACUGAAAAACAAAAAGAAAAAGCAGAUGAUGAUUCUUUUUGGACCCACAAACACAACCCACACAAAUGUUUUCUCUUUUGUUCCUCUGCUUUCGCACCUCUCCGCACCAACUCUAAUUUCUUGGCUUUCAAAUAAAAAUCCCUUUUUUUCUCCUCUCCGCAUAUCUCGCAAAAUUAAAAUUCCCCAUUGGAUGAAUAGAAUUUCCUCCUCCGCAAAUCUUUGAACUCUCUUCCAAAUGAACAAUCUUUUUACGGAGACCCAAUGAGCUAAUGUAGAGACCCUUUUUUUUUUUACUAUUUUCACCUCCCUUUGACCCAUUUUCUCUAUCCGGGUUAUGGGUCAUGGGUUGCGUCAGCUCCAAGCAAGCCACGUCCCAUUCCCCGGCCCACGAUUCAUCGUCGGUGACUGUUGUAGACAAUGGCGAUCAUUUAUUGCAUAUAAAGGCAGCUGGGUUUGCCCCAUUGGAAAAGAUCAAAGAGGAGCCUGAUAAAGAAGGGGAGGAUAAUUCUGUCCACCGUAGCCGAUUCUCUGGGAAUUUGAGGAGAACCUCCUCCUCUUCCAAAAAAGGGGCUAAUUCUGAAAAAAGGGCUACUUUUAGCAUUAAAUUUGGGAGGUUAAAUGAAGGUGAACAUUUGGCCGCCGGUUGGCCAGCUUGGCUUACUGCCGUUGCUGGUGAAGCCAUUGAUGGAUGGAUGCCUCUUCGAUCAAACAUGUUCCAGAAAUUGGAAAAGAUUGGACAAGGUACAUAUAGCAGUGUUUACCGAGCACGUGAUAUCGAAAGUGGUAAAAUGGUCGCCCUAAAGAAGGUGCGAUUUGACAAUUUCCAACCGGAUAGUGUCAGAUUUAUGGCACGAGAAAUUGCAAUUCUCCGCAAACUUGACCAUCCAAACAUCAUGAAGCUGGAGGGGAUAAUCACUUCUCGGUUAUCAUGUAGCAUCUACCUUGUAUUUGAGUAUAUGGAACAUGACCUCUCUGGAUUAUUAUCAUGUCCUGACAUCAAAUUUACUGAUUCACAGAUCAAAUGCUACAUGCAGCAGCUACUGAGCGGACUAGAGCAUUGCCAUUCACGAGGGGUAAUGCAUCGGGAUAUUAAAGUUUCUAACAUUUUGGUAAACAAUGAAGGAAUUCUGAAAAUAGCAGAUUUUGGUCUUGCAAAUUUCCUUAGUUCAAGGUACAAACAACCACUGACCAGUCGUGUGGUUACAUUAUGGUAUCGACCUCCUGAACUUCUGUUGGGAUCAACAAAUUAUGGGGUCACUGUGGAUUUGUGGAGUGUCGGUUGUGUUUUUGCAGAACUCUUUUUUGGAAGGCCUCUCCUGAAAGGGAGGACAGAGGUUGAACAACUGCACAAAAUAUUCAAACUCUGUGGUACCCCACCUGAUGAUUACUGGAAAAAGUCUAAACUUCCACUUGCAACUAUGUUUAAGCCCAAGCAACCAUAUGAAAGUACACUUCGAGAUAGAUGUAAAGAAUUACCAAAAACUGCUGUGAACCUUAUUGAAACACUUCUUUCAAUAGAUCCUUAUAAACGGGGAACUGCUUCAUCUGCUCUCAAUUCUGAGUAUUUCAAUACAAAGCCUUAUGCUUGUGACUCAUCAAGCCUGCCUAAGUACCCACCGAACAAGGAAAUUGAUGCAAAGUUCCGAGAAGAAGCGCGAAGAAAGAGGGCCAGUUCCAAUGCACAAGCAUCUGAAACUUCAAGAAAUUCAAGAAAAUCCCGGAAAGCCCUCCAAGAACCAAGCAGUUUCUGCAAAGUGGUUCCAUCAGAGGAAGUUGAGGCCAAUGUUCAUGGUUCUCGUAGAAACCACGGUGGUAGUGUCCAUAUUUCUAAAGGAAGACGAGCUACUGUCUCACGGAUAUCAAUGAAACCAUUGUAUGACACAGUGUCAGAAGCUUCUCAAAUGACUGAUGAAUCUCAAGGGGACAGCACCAUUCUUUCUGUCCCUGUGCAAAUGCCAGAAUCGAGUGGUUUCGCAUGGGCCAAAAAAGGAAAGCUGGAUUCUGCAACGACAAAGCUAUAUCCACCGGCCAAUUCAACGAGUCAAAAGUUAAGUUCCAUAGAUCCUUCUGGUGUACUGCACGCUGAGGAUACCUGGGACUCAAACAUGCAGGACAAUUAUGAGCUUUUAAGUAGGGCCCACACUUUCAAACAUUCUAUCCAUAGGCAACAUGGUCAUCAUGAACGAUCAGAUUCGUUUGACUCGUCUGAUCAGGAACAGUCAGUGGAUUACAAUGGCCAACAAGGAAGGGUUGCGUACUCGGGGCCCUUGUUAUGUCAGUCCCAGAAGUUCGAUACCAAGCAGGAUAGUCAAUCUCGAAAAGCUGGUCAUAGGUCCCGGUUUUAUAGAGAUUUAUAAAUGGAAUGAUCCGGCAUGCCUUAACUAGUGAAUUUUGAGGAUAGACUGACUUUGUAGCUCUCUCUUAUCAGUACCUCCUUGGAUUAUCUGUUUCGUGCUCACAAGUCGAUUGACAGUUGAGAAAUACUAUCUCCGGGUCCCCGUUUUGUAUAUAUAACGUCUCCUGAAAUACCUGCUUACUGUCUACACACCAUUUUGGUACAACAUUUUUGAGGUUUCUUGUUUCUGCACUAUGAUACAGGCAGUUAUUUUUCUCACAAAAUCUUCAGGGAAUCCGGCGAAAAAAUCAUGCAUAAGAAAAUAUUAAUUAAUGCAAGUUCAAAUCAUAGAGAUCAGAUGGAAUAGCCAGAAUAUUGAUGCUCAGAGUGGUUUGCUAAUUUGGAGAUUUCAUUAACUGGUUGGAGAACAUUAACAUGCUCCCCUAUUAGUAUCCAACCUGAUUUUAUAAUUCUCCUUGUUUUUCUUUUUACUUUUCCUUUUAUUCUUUUUUUUUUUUUUGUAAUUUUUAUUUUACACGUUUAGCUCAUUUAUUAUCAGCUUUCACGUUAUUUUUGUUCUUUA